GGAGAACUAUUUAGAGGGUGAUCCAACAUGUCUAUACAAUGCUGCGCAGGCUUUACGCAGUAUUCAACACUUGUACGGAAUCAUCCCUCGAGUGUUUGGCAAGGGUCCUGCUGCAAAACAGGUAUGGGACCUUCUUUGUCGCUUAAACAAAGAAGACCAGGGGUCCCCACCAAAAGGUUCCACAACCUCCUGCAUCGACCAGCUGCUCCUUAUUGACCGAGCGAUCGAUUUCACCAGUGUUAUGGCAACACAGCUCACUUACGAAGGCCUUAUCGACGAGCUGUUCGGCAUAAAGAACUCAACGGCGACCUUCCCGGGCGACAAGUUCGUCAGCGCGGACGACGCGACGCCGGAGGUGACGGCCCGCGAGAAGAAGCGCGUCAUACUCAACUCCAGCGAGGAGCUGUUCGCGGAGCUGCGCGAUUGCAACUUCACGGCGGUCGGCGCGGCGUUGUCGAAGAAAGCGCGCGUAAUAAAGACACAGCUGGACGAGAGGCAUAACGACAAGUCCGUGCAAGAGAUCAAGCAGUUCGUCUCCCGCCUGCCGCAGAUGCUGGCUAACAAGCAAUCGUUGGCAACGCACACCGCCAUAGCUGAAUACAUCAAGGAGACCACGGACUCGUUCGAGUUCCACGACACGAUACAGUGCGAGGAGGACUUUCUGAAUUGCGUCGACAACGAAAAGGCCUGCCCCUUCAUCGAAGACCUCAUAGCGCAGAAGGCGCCGCUGACUAAGGUUCUCAGACUGAUUUGCCUGCAAUGCGUGACCGGUUCCGGCUUCAAGCCCAAACUGCUCGAGUACUACAAACGGGAGCUCGUGCAAGUGUACGGCCUAAAGACCUGGCUCACCCUCUGCAACCUGGAGAAGUGCGGCUUGCUUCGGCCACAGACCGCUAACCGGCAGUAUACCGUCCUAAGAAAGACAUUGCACCUCACAAUGGACGAAUCGGAGCUGGACGAUAAUGAGAAGAGCUACCUGUCAAGCAAAUAUGUACCCUUGGUCGUAAGACUUAGUGAACAUAUCGCAAAAAACAAGGGAUGGACUGGUAUCGUUGAUGUGCUUAGCUCCCUGCCCGGGCCUACAGUCGACGAACUCCAGACGCUGCAGCCCCGAAUGGUGCGCCGGAACUCCAUCUCAAGCGAGAACAGCUCCUCGCUGGAGAGUCCAAGAGUGAUACUCGUCUUCUUCAUAGGAGGCUGCACUUACCACGAGAUAUCGGCCUUGAGAAGCAUCAGCCAGCAGGAGGACUCCAACGUGGAAUACGUCGUUCUAACGACGAAACUUAUCAACGGGAACACAUUUAUCGAAUCCCUUAUGGAGAAUGAUUCUUUCAACAUAUAU